AUGGCGAAGAAGAGAAAGCUGAGCGAGCAAGCCAGUGCUCCCACCUCAAGCAUCACGACAAGAAGCAAAGCGAAGGCCACGUCCGCAGCAGCCACCAACCCCUCCAAAUCAUCCAUCACCAAGUCCACCAAAUCAUCCAUCUCCACCUCCGCCACGACGACAAGGAAGAAAGCCAAACUCUCGCACUUCACGACCGACGACGAACUCCCCAUCAGCGAUGACGGCCCAUCCGCCCCUCUGUACAAAGAGUACACCGAUGCUUUCACCGUUCCGCUCGAUGACGGUGCUCCGGAUUAUCUCAGCGCCAUGCCUUCGGAGAUUUUGAGCGAGAUUUUGUCGUACCUUGUUGUGCAUCAUGAUCCGGAGAGGGCGGUGAAGCUGCAUAAAGAGAGGCUUGAUUCUGAGAAGGCGGAGAAGAAGAAGCUCAGAGAGAUCAAGCAGGAGGUUGAAAGAGACGACACCGGCAAAGAGGAAAAUGCCGCCGUCGUCGAACGGGUUGGCAAUAAGAAGAAAACUCGCUUCCCCGAUGACGACGACUAUGAGAUGGGCACCUUCUACAACACAACCACGUCCACAGUGACUCCUCAUGUCUUCCUGUCCCUGGCAGCGAUGUCAUCCCGCCUCCGCGACGAAGUGGAGAGCUUCUGCCGCAGAUAUCUGACAAAGCACAAAGAACGGUACUAUUUCACACCGAAUGCUGAAAUCGAGCAGAAAGCAACCAGGAGGUCGGAGAGACUGAAGGGGAAGCCCAAAGUCGACAACAGGGUGUAUCGUAAAGCCCUCGUGUACAAGCUGACUUUGAAAUGCUUCGGUUGCAACACUUGGGUGCGUGGCUUCGCACGCGGGAAGCUCGCGAAUGGCAUCUCGUGCUGUUCCAAGUGCGAGGAGGAGAUGUUCGGUCCGCAGAUCAACCUUACGGAUGCCAUGAAGCGAUAUGACUUGCGGGACUGGAUGCUGAUUGCAACGCGGAAGCCAGGACCCAGGGCGAAGAAAGUGGACUUUCCAGUCAUCAACUACGGCACCGUACUCACCGGCAAACCCUACUACAACGGCAUUCAGAUCUCCUAUCGAUUUGUCGAGAAAGAUGUGAUACGAGUGGCGUCGGCGGUACACGGAGACAUCGAGGCCCACAUGAGAAAGAGAAAUUGGGCACGCUGGGACCGUCAGUUCAAGAGACGUGACGAGGAACACCGCAAAAUGAAGAUUCGGUACCACAGAGACAUGGCCGCGAACCCCCAUUGUAAAGAGAUGAGCGGGGACUCAAAGGAGUACCACCAAGAGCGCCUAGAGUUUUACGAACACCCUGACUGCGACGAAGAAUUUGAUGAAGAAGCCGCGCAGCCCAUCGAAAUGAGCAUCUGGGACCACCCACAUGGCUAUGGCAUGUAUGAUGAUGUGCAUCGGCGUCUUUGCGUAGUCGAUUUCUGCGAAGUCUGCGAAGAUGAGAGGGCCCACAAGUACAUCCCUUGGUUGCAAUGA